AUGUCCACCAAGUACCUCGCCGCGUACGCUCUGGCCUCCCUGAGCAAGGCGUCCCCGUCUCAGGCGGACGUGGAGGCCAUCUGCAAGGCCGUCCACAUCGACGUCGACCAGGCCACCCUCGCCUUUGUGAUGGAGAGCGUUACGGGACGCGACGUGGCCACCCUGAUCGCGGAGGGUGCCGCGAAGAUGAGCGCGAUGCCGGCGGCCAGCUCUGGUGCCGCCGCUGGCGCAACUGCUUCCGCUGCGGGUGAUGCGGCCCCGACUGCCGCCGCCGCGAAGAAGGACGAGCCCGAGGAGGAGGCCGACGACGACAUGGGCUUCGGUCUGUUCGACUAA